AUUAACGUCGUUGUUAUUAGUUUUUCAUAUUCAAAGCUAGUAAGAAGGAUAAAAAGAUGUUUAGCAUUUUCGAGCAAACUAACCAGCUUACCACAUUGACACAUGUGUCCGGACAUAGACAGUCCUGGAGUACAUGUGCAGAUUAUAAGGCAGAGAUUGUACUCGGAGGAUAUAAGUUUCAAUAUUAUCAAGCUUCACCCGAGUAUUGCUAUACUACAACCCCGAGAUAUACCCGGCCACAUACUCCACCGCCACCUGAGAGAUGUAUAAGAGAAAAGUCCCAAGAGCAGAUAGACUCGGAUAACGAAUAUAUAGAAGAAAUGAAAAAGGAAGCCGGAUACACAGGAAUGCCGUAUGAAGAAAAAGAGGAACAGCAGCAAGAUUUCUGGGCAUUUAUUCAAUCAUUAAGAGACGAAAUAGGGGACGACUGUAUAGAUGUUGAUCAAAAUUAUUUUAUUUCCGCGUUUGAUUUUCAUUGAAUUAGUUUUAAUCAGCUGAUUUAUUAUUUCAUAAUCAUAAUUAUUGUUAUCAUAAUUAUCAUCAUCAUUAUUAUGAUUGAUUUUACCAAUCAAAUCAUUAGUUAACAAAAUAAAUCUUUUUUUCCUUGUU